AAGGUGGGGUGGGGGGAGAGAGGGAGGGAGGGAGGGGUGGGUGUAGCUUUAAGAUGAUUUCUGGUGUGUGCUGCACGGAUGUAACAUUGGAGAGUGGGAGGAGGUGUCGCUUUAAGAUGAUUGUUGGUGUGUAUCGCGCACAUAUGUAACAUUGGAGAGCGCGGUGGCCGCGGGGGAGGAAUGCGGCGGCGCGCAUGCGCGGUGCCCCGGCCCACCGUGUCUCUUCAGCGGCGCGGGUGACGUCACGGGCGGAGGAGCACUGGUCGGCAGUGAAGCUGCUCAGAGCCGCCGAGAGGGAGAGCGAGCGAGAGGGAGGGAGAGCCGAGCCGAGCCCGGGGAGCCGCACCAACCACAAGCCGUGCCGCGCCGCGCCGCCUCGCGCAACGCCGAACACCAGGCCUUGCUCCGCGCUCCCUCCCGCACCCGCACCCGCGGAGCGAGGAGCCCGUACCGAGAGAGAGCGAGUGAGGGAGAGAGCGAGAGAGUCGGAUCGCAGCCUCGCUCUUUUCUAGUGCUGGGGCUGUUGCUCUCUUUUGCGCCAUGUCUUCUGCACAAGUGUCUUCCUCCAGGAGACAGUCGUGCUACCUCUGCGACCUGCCCCGCAUGCCCUGGGCCAUGAUCUGGGACUUUACGGAGCCCGUGUGCAGGGGAUGUGUCAACUACGAAGGGGCUGAUCGCAUCGAAUUCGUCAUCGAGACGGCCCGGCAGUUGAAAAGGGCUCAUGGCUUCCAGGAUGGGAGAUCCCCCGGUCCGCCGCCUGUCAAAGUUCAGUCCAUGGCUGCAGGUAAAGAGAGUGCUCAACUCAACCACGUUGACGGUUCGUCCAAACCGCCCCAAACGGUUCUCGAUCGCUAUUCCCUGGCCACGGAGAGACCUCGGUUCGAGUACCCAGGCAUCACCCACGCUGGCAGGCUUCCCAACGGCUUGAAUGGACCCAAUGGAUUCCCCAAACCCGAGGACAUUCCUCCCGAACUCAACAGACAGAGCCCCAAUUCUUCUCGCAGAAAUCACGGGCUGGUGCCUCCGGGUCCCGUCACGGUCCCCCCUAAUUUGUUACCACAGACCACUCUGAACGGCCCGGUGACGGGCGCCCUCCCCCCGCACGGGCUGCUCGGCCGACCCCCUCCUUCCAACGUCUUGGGCUCCUCUCUGUCUGUGACCAGUCAGUCGUUGAGCGAUGUAAACAAACGGCCCGGUUCCGUCUCCAGCACCGACCAGGAGAGGGAACUGAAAGAGAAACAACGCAAUGCAGAGACACUGGCGGAGCUGAGCGAAAGUUUAAGGAAUCGCUCGGAGGAUUGGACAAACAAACCCAAAAUAGUGCGAGAGACUCUGAUCACUCUUUCCAACUGCACACCUUUUGACGUGCGCUUCAAGAAGGACCACUGUCUACUGGGCAGAGUGUUCGCUUUCGAUGCCAUUUCCAAGCCGGGCAUGGACUACGAGUUGAAAAUCUACAUCGAGUACCCGAGCGGAUCUGCCAAUGUGUUCUCCAGCGCCUCGGGGGUGGCCAAACAGAUGUACCAGGACUGCAUGAAGGACUUCGGCCGCGGGCUGUCGUCGGGCUUCAAGUACUUAGAGUACGAGAAGAAGCACAGCUCCGGGGACUGGCGGCUGCUGGGCGACCUGCUGCCCGAGACCGUGCGGUUCUUCAAGGAGGUGGUGGCGGCUGAGAUGCUGCCCCAGUCUUACGUCGACGCCAACUGCCCCAUUUUGCCGACCGCCCUGUGUAACCUGUCCCGGUCUCUGCCCAACAACUCCUCCAGGACUGGUAUGCGCAAGAGGAAAGCCUCGCCCGAGCCCGACCCGGACGCGGGCGGCGUGAAGCUGGAGGAGCGGCAGCAGCAGCAGCAGCAGCAGUGGUUGGCCGGACAGAACGAAGCCCUGAAGCUCACCCUGGCGGCGUCGGGCGCCUUCGGGCCGACCAUGGCCCCCAACCGAACCAGCCCUCCCGAGUCCAGCGGCGGCGGCGGCGGCGGCCAGAACGGCCAGUCGCCCAUGGCCGCCCUCAUGUCGGUGGCCGACACGCUGGGCAACGCGCACUCGCCGAAGGACAGCAGCGGCGGCAGCAACUCGGUCCACUCGACCACCAGCACCAGACGGAACAGCAACAGCCCCGUGUCGCCGGCCUCGGGGGGCGGACAGCGCCGCGUGGCGUCGAGGAACGGGGAGGUGGCCCUGGCGGCGGCGGCGGCGGCAGCGGCGGCGGGGUCGGCCCUGCCGAACGCGCACGCCAUGGAGGCCGCUCACCCGCCCAACAUCCCGGACUCGCCCAUGGCCAGCAACGGGCCGCUGUGCUGCACAAUCUGUCACGAACGCUUGGAGGACACGCACUUCGUGCAGUGCCCGUCGGUGCCCAACCACAAGUUCUGCUUCCCCUGCUCGCGGGAGAGCAUCAAGGCCCAGGGCGCCAACGGCGAGGUCUACUGCCCCAGCGGCGAGAAGUGCCCGCUGGUCGGCUCCAACGUGCCCUGGGCUUUCAUGCAGGGGGAGAUCGCCACCAUCCUGGCGGGGGACGUUAAGGUCAAGAAAGAAAGGGACCCGUAAACAAACACACACACACACACACACCCUACACACACCCCCCCACACACAC